AUGUGUAUAGUUGGGGUGGUGCUACUAGAAUUGGUCACUGGUAGAGGAUCCAUUGAAGAGGAGUAUGGAGAGGGGAAAGAUAUUGUUUAUUGGGUUUUAACUCAUCUCAAUGACCGCCAAAAUGUCCUCAAGGUUCUUGACAAGGAAGUAGCCUUUGAAACUGUCCGAGACAACAUGAUUAAGGUCUCGAAGGUUGGCAUCCUCUGCACAGCUAAACUUCCGAAUUUGCGGCCUACAAUGAGAGAAGUGGUCAAGAUGCUUGUGGAUGCUGAACCUUGCAGUUCCAUGUCUCCAGAUAACCAAUCUCAAGACAAAAUUGGCAACUGGUGUUCAAGCAGUUAA